GCCAAAGUGGAUGACAUCAUAACACUCAAAAAGGAAUAUGACGGAGUUUUUGUUGGUAUUGGUGCACUCAAACCAAAGACUAUAGGGAUUCCAGGUGAGAAUUUGAAAGGUGUUGAACAUGUCAUUCCCUUCUUAGAAAGUGUCAACUGCCAUGUCCGAAAGACUAUAGGAAAGAAUGUCGCGGUGGUCGGUGCUGGAUUUUCAGCGUUGGAUGCCGUUCGAGUCGCACGGCGUCUCGGUAGUGAAGCCUUUAUAGUCUAUCGGCGUUCCGCAAAAGAGAUGCCAGCAACUCCAAAUGAAGUCGAAGAGGCCAUAGCCGAAGGUGUGAAGAUGAUGACCUUAUGCAACCCAACCAAAAUUUUCGGUGAUGAGAAUGGAAAUGUCAUUGGACUUCAAUUACAACGAAUGGAAUUAGGAGAGAAAGAUUCGACAGGGCGCUCAGCACCAAGACCCAUUCCCAACAGUGAAUUUUAUGUUGAAUGUGAUAUGGUGAUUCAAGCUAUUUCUCAAGAAGUCGAAACAGAAACUACCACAGGUAUCACUUUAAAUCCAAAUCACACUUUAACUAUCAAUGAUAAGUACGAAACAAAUGUUAAAGGUAUUUAUGCUUGUGGCGAUUGUACAAGUGGUCCCAAAAAUAUAGUACAUGCGGUCGGUGAUGCUCACCAAGCAGUGAUUUCAAUGGAUCUUUAUUUGAAAUCACUUCCCACACUUUAA